AAACAAAUGUUUUGUUUUUACGCGAUUUGAUUUAGCAGUUGGAUUACUUUGGGGAUUGCCACUGCACUGGUGGCCGGGAAACAUUGAAACGCGAAAAGAAACAUGUUCUUAAAAAACGAUGGUCUAACUGCAGUGGAAAGACAACCUGGCUGAUAUUCUACAAUUAGUGGCGGGACUGUAAUAUAAUGGGUAAGGAGGCUAAAGAUUGCAGGUUCGAUUCCCUACACUACACUGCCGUUGUACCCUUGAUCAAGGUAGUUAACCGGCAUUGCUUCAAUAUAAAUCCAGCUGUAUAAUUGGAUACAAUGUAAAUGUAAGUCACUCUGGAUAAGAGCGUCUGCUAAAUGCCUAUAAUGUAACCGUUUCAUCGGCCGCCUUUGUCCAGGUUUGGGUGAAACGUUUGAAAUAAGUGUAAUAUUAAAGUUUCACCACACGAGGGCAACACAUCAACGAUUCUUUGGAGGUUUUCUGCAUCUUUCCCUGCUCGGGUUACCUACGGGAGGAAUACCAAAACAAAGUCCUCCUUCCGUGCAGUUCCAACCACACCUCCGCAGACCGAGGCAUUCACUAGCAGACUAGGGUGACCAAAAUUCUUGCACUGUCAGAAGGUGCAAAAACCUUACAUUAUCUCACCUUUGUCCAGUGCACUACAUUAACAGUUUUCCAAAGGACUUCGUCCCACCCCGACAUUGGAACUGGUCAACCCAGUCUGACAAUAGCAUGCCGUGUUCCCAGAGGGGAGGGACUCUGACCACCGCCACCUCUUCCUACGCCGCCGAUCCUUGGCUUCGAUUUUCGCUCAGGGUUGGUUGAGAGGCACAGCUGCUCCACUAGGAGGGAAGGCCACGGUUCCUCUCUGCUCUCUGUGAUGACAUCACUGCACGGUUACCACAGAAACCAGGGCCCCAGUGCGAACGGCUGACGUCCAAGCAGGUGCUGAUUGAGGAGAUGGCGGCUCAGGUGGAGGUGAAGGCGGGAGACGGGACGAGGGCGGGAGGCGUGGGAGGGCGUCUGCACCUCAGCCCCCUGGCGGACUCCAGCAACAAAAGCCCCACGGAGGCCCCCUCCGGCACCCAGGGUCCUCUCAUUCUGGCCCCGGAGCCCAGCAAGCCCGUGCCAGGGCCCAAACCUCGCCUCACCCCUAAGCCUUUCGCCGUCGAGAAGAACCCCAGCAUCCGCCCCAUCCCUGCCCCCAAGCCUCACGCCAGGCCCCGCCCCGAACCUACUCGCCCCACCUCCUACAAACCCGACCCGCCCAGCACCCCUAAACCUGCUUCGGCAAAGCCCGCGCAUGCCAGCGCGCAGAGGCCGGUGCCCACCACCCCGAAGCACCCCACCCCUACAUCCUUCAAACCCGCCCCCAAGCCCGCCCCCACCGUUCAGCCCCGCAAACCUGCACCUCCGCUCUCGCCAGGGGAGCCUGCUAAGCUCACCAUACUUGAAACCGUCAAGUCCCAGGGCCCCAGGUCAGGGCUGCCCCAAAAGCAGGGCCCCCAGGCGGCCCCGGCCGCCGAGUGGUCCGGAACGACGCAGCAGGAGGGAGAGAAGCAGAGGAUGGAGGGAAGCGGGAGGGUCGGGGCUCCCAUAAUGCGGGCUAAGUCCAUGGGCUUUCUCAACCAGACGGCUCGGGAGGACGAGAAGGUGGCGGAGAGAGCGAAGGGGGGCGGAGCCGCCGAGGCAGCCGUCCCCAUGCGACCCCAGCCCAGAGGUUCCCGGCCCAGGCCCGUCUCCGCGGUCUUCCUGCCGUCCCCCACCCAAUCGGAGUCUCCAGGCCCCGCCCCUCCCUCCCGUUGGGUGGGCCGACGGCCCCUCUCCGCCGACCUCACCUCCAAGUUUGAGUCCAUCGGCCUGUCCCUGCACCGCCGGCCGGGCAAGGCAGACAGCAAGGAGAACACUCCGGAAGGAGGCAGGGAGGAGGACGGCGCGCCAGCCAGGAGGAAGGAAAAGGAAAAAGGGGUGGGGCCGACACCAUCGUCACCGUCACCGUCGCCGCCUGCGCCCGACACCGAGCUCAAGCCCAAGGCCUCUGCGCCGGAGCAACCGAGCGAGAAACAAGACCAGGAAGAGAAAGAGGAGGAGAAGAGCGGUGGCAGUAUAAAGAGGCGCAUUAGCCUCCUGUUCGACUCCUCCUCUUCCUCCUCCCCGGGCGGCGGCCCGUCUGCCGCUGGGGCGGAGCCGCGCCCUUCAGCCCAGCCCAUCCCCGAGACGGACAUCGGGGUGGGAGUGAAACAGCGAAUUAAAAAGCUGACCGAGGACGCGCCCCCCACGCCUCCCUCUCCAAAAGCGGCGUUCAAGCCCCGCCCUCUGCCCUCUGACCUCACCAAAAGAUUUGCUGCUGAGAAGCCAGCGGAGCUUAGCGGCCUGUCGCCAAGCGGCUUGGAGAGAGAGGGGUCGAGAGGUCAGCCGCAGGAUGGCAGCGAGGCUCAUGGGAAGGUUGAAGACUCUGCUAUGGGCCACACUGACGAAGCGAGCGAAGAAAAAGAGGACAGGACGGUGUUUCAGUUCCCCCAGGCCCAGCCAGCCCACGCCCCCGCCCCCGCCCCCGCCGACCAAUCGGGCACGAGCGCGGAGGAGCGGAGGGCGGAGAGCGAGGCGCAGGAGGCGUGCCCCAGCGGCGGCGUGCAGACGGUCCGGGCAGCCAUGUUUGAGAACGUGGUGGAGCGGCACAGCGUGCACGUGGUGGAGGAGGCGGGUGGGGCCAGCGGGCAGCUCGGGCGGAGCGUCUCGCUGAGGCGGAGCGAGGGCGGGGACACGAUGCCCCCCGCCAGCCCCCUCCCGGUGGAGCACGUGUUCGACACGGUGCCGGCCGUCGGGGAGAAGAGGGCGGUGGUGGAGAGCGUGCGCCCCGCCCAGCUGGAGGACAAGGCCAUGACGCUGCGUUCCCGCCGGACGGGGGCCGGGCAGGCGGGGGACACGCCCCCCUCGCGGCCCCCCGCUCAGAGAGACCCCCCCAGGGAGAAGCCGGAGGCCCCGCCCCAGCCCGCGGAACAAGCGCCGCGGUACCUGCGGGUCGGCGCCCUGAAGAAGUGGGGCGCCAAGGAGCCGGAGGCGGAGACAGGGCGGUGGGCGGAGCCGGAGGCGGAGACAGGGCGGUGGGCGGAGCCGGACAGACAGAAGCCGGAGAGCACCGCGCAGCUGGAGUCCGAGAAGGAGAGGCACAGAGAAUGGGAGGGGGAGGAGGUGGGGGCGCCCAAACGUUUGAAGAUGCUGGAGGGGGACGACCCGCAGCCCAAGCCCAGGGCCACGUAUUUCGCCCUCACCGGGCAGAUGCAGGAGCCCCAGCCGGCGGAGGGGCGCGGCGGAGACGGGACUGGGGGCGCGGACGUCACCUUGGAAGAUUUCUCCGUGAAGCCUGGGAGGUGGGGCUCCCCGGGGCCGAUGCGCAGAAACCCGUCUCUGGACGCGGCGCUGUCCAAGAGCAGCCCGAGCGAGGCCCCGGGCCAGGGCUCCCUCUUCGGGAGGGGCCAGGCCCCCGUGGAGAGGGAGGCGCUUCGGGAAAUGGAAACGGAGCAGGAGCUCAAGGCCCAGAGGGACACGGGGUGGGAGAGACAACGAGAGCUGGAGCGACAGAGAGCCUGUGAAAGGGAAAAAGAGAUGGAGAGGCAAAGAGAGAUGGAGAGACAGAGAGAGAUUGACAGGGAACGACAGAGGGAAAUGGAGAGGCAGAGAGAGAUGGAGAGACAGAGAGAGAUUGAGAGGGAACAACAGAGGGAAAUGGAGAGCUGA